AUGUCUGCCAAGGCUGUGCGUGAAUACGAUGGAAAGUUAUUGCUAGCACAUUGGUUACUCCGUACCCCUAUUCCCGCCACCAGUAUCUCGGCUACGGGAUCCAAAUUUAUCCAACCUUCGACGCGUUUAGCACACGUUGGUAUUGACACUGCUGUCUUGAAUACAGACAAAGCUGUCUUUGCACAGCAUGUUCGAAAUUUACUUGAUAACCUUGAGCAGAUCCAUCCUUGGUUGUUGACCACAAAGCUGGUUGCCAAGCCUGAUCAGUUAAUUAAACGCCGUGGCAAGAGUGGAUUGUUAUUAUUGAACGCUGACUGGACUCAGGUUAGAGCUUGGGUCACGGAGCACGCUGGCAAAGAGGUCAUCGUUGAUAAUGUUGCAGGCGUCUUGAAGACGUUCUUGAUCGAGCCUUUCAUUCCUCACCCCGGUGAUACUGAAUACUACAUCUGUAUCAAUUCGGACCGCAAUGGGGACAACAUUCUUUUCACACAUGAAGGAGGAAUUGAGGUUGGCGAUGUCGAUGCUAAAGCGUUAAAACUUCAAGUUAAAGUGAACGACACCUUCCCCACCCCAACCACCAUUCAAUCGUUACUUCUAGUUAAUGUCCCAGUACCCAAGCAUGAUGUCCUUAUCGAUUUCAUUACUCGUCUCUAUUCUGUCUAUGUCGACCUUCACUUCACCUAUCUCGAGAUUAAUCCAUUGGUUGUCCUGGAUCCUACCCCUGAGCAUCCCGCACAGGUUUACUACUUGGAUUUGGCUGCCAAAGUCGAUCAGACUGCGGAAUUCGAAGCCGGUCCCAAGUGGGCGUUCGCAAGGGCUCCUCAAAACAUUGGAUUGACCAUUGCAGCCAACCAGAGUGUCGAUGCUGGCCCACCAUUGGAUUUUCCCGCACCAUUCGGCCGUGAGUUAACUAAGGAAGAGGCUUAUGUCCAAGAGUUAGAUUCCAAGACGGGCGCAUCUCUUAAGCUUACAAUCCUGAACAAAGACGGUCGUAUCUGGACUAUGGUUGCAGGAGGGGGGGCUUCAGUUGUUUAUAGUGAUGCUAUUGCUGCUUUGGGUCAGGCUAAUGAGCUCGCUAACUACGGUGAAUAUUCAGGAGCCCCUACUGAGACCCAGACGUACGAAUAUGCCAAAACCAUCCUCGAUUUAAUGACCCGUAACUCUACGCCUCAUCCUCUUGGAAAGGUUUUGAUCAUUGGAGGGGGGAUUGCGAACUUCACAAACGUUGCCUCGACUUUCAAAGGUAUCGUUCGCGCCUUGACUGAGUUUAAGCAACCUCUUAUUGCCCACAAAGUACGCAUCUUUGUCCGACGUGGUGGUCCAAACUAUCAGGAAGGUCUUCGCUCAAUGCGCCAGCUAGGAGAGACCCUUGGAGUUGAGAUUCAAGUAUUUGGACCCGAGACCCAUAUCACCGAGAUUGUUCCUCUUGCUUUGACCGGAAAGACCUCUGGAUUAGAUCGAAGUGGAACAAGCACACCUCUCACAUCUGGAAACUUGCUUCAGGACCAGCUUUUGGGGAGUAAUACACCCUUGAAUGCUGAUUCUCGCGCUGCCUCGCCACCACCCUUGGAAGACAGAAUGACAUACUUUCAGGAUCAGGGUGCCGAAUCAGCAGAAACAAGCCAUGACGAGAACACGCCCUUCACUGCUCAUACUCGCUCUUUCAUCUAUGGAAUGCAGCCUCGUGCUGUGCAAGGAAUGUUGGAUUUUGAUUUCAUCUGCAAGCGUGAGGUUCCCUCGGUUGCCGCUAUGGUCUAUCCCUUUGGCGGCGCGCAUGUCCAGAAAUUCUACUGGGGCACAAAAGAAACUCUUUUGCCUGUAUUUACGUCCUUAGAUGAGGCUGUGAUCAAGUUCCCAGAGGUCGACACAGUGGUUAAUUUUGCCUCUUGCCGCUCUGUCUACGACUCAACUCGCGAGAUCUUCAAGUACUCGAAGCAGAUUCGUAUCAUCUCCAUUAUUGCUGAAGGGGUUCCAGAACGUCGUGCUCGCCAGAUCUUGUGGGAAGCCAAGGAGCGCAAUGUUCUUGUGAUUGGGCCUGCGACUGUUGGGGGCAUUAAGCCUGGAUGCUUCAAGAUUGGAAAUACUGGAGGCAUGAUGGAUAAUAUUGUCUCAUCUAAGCUUUACCGACCUGGUUCCGUUGCCUACGUAUCCAAAUCUGGGGGCAUGUCGAAUGAGCUGAACAACAUCAUAUCUCGCACAACAGAUGGUGUUUACGAGGGAGUAGCUAUCGGUGGAGACCGUUAUCCCGGUUCAACAUUUAUUGACCACUUGCUCCGUUACGAGAAGGAUCCAGGAUGCAAGAUGUUAGUCUUGCUCGGUGAGGUAGGCGGGGUUGAAGAGUACAAGGUUUGCGAGGCAGUUAAGAACGGAAUUAUUCGCAAACCCGUCAUCGCUUGGUGUAUUGGUACAUGCGCUAAGAUGUUUGCUACUGAGGUUCAGUUUGGACACGCCGGUGCCUUGGCUCAGUCAGAUUUAGAGACUGCUGACGCUAAGAACCGUGCCCUUCGUGCUGCUGGCGUGAUCGUCCCGGAGACAUUCGAGAAGUUGCCUUUAAUUCUUAGCCAGACCUUCCAGACUUUGGUCAAAAAAGGUGUAAUUACUGUCCGCUCUGAACCCGAAACACCAAAGAUCCCUAUCGACUAUUCUUGGGCUCAGGAAUUGGGCCUGGUCCGCAAACCUGCUUCGUUCGUUUCCACAAUUUGUGAUGAUCGUGGACAAGAGCUACUGUAUGCAGGAAUGCGCAUCUCUGAUGUAUUCAAGGAUAAUAUUGGAAUCGGGGGUGUCUUAUCGCUCUUGUGGUUUAAGCGUCGGCUGCCAGAUUAUGCUUGCAAGUUUAUUGAGAUGGUUCUCAUGUUGACAGCUGAUCAUGGACCCGCAGUUUCAGGAGCACACAAUACGAUUGUUACGGCACGUGCUGGUAAGGAUCUUGUGUCAUCACUCUGCGCAGGUCUCUUGACUAUUGGAGACCGCUUCGGAGGUGCCUUAGAUGGAGCUGCUGAGCAAUUCUCAUCUGCAUAUGAUAAAUCUCUGUCGCCUCGCGAAUUUGUUAAUUCGAUGAGGAAGCAGAACAAGUUGAUUUUGGGAAUUGGUCACAAGAUCAAGUCAAGAACCAAUCCCGACUUGCGUGUCGAGAUCAUCAAGAAUUACGCUAAGGCUAACUUCCCAUCAACUCCUGUGUUGGACUAUGCACUUGCAGUUGAGAUGAUCACAACUUCCAAGAAGGACAACUUGAUUUUGAAUGUGGAUGGGGCGAUUGGUGUCUUAUUUGUGGACCUGUUGAGGCAUUCAGGGGCGUUUACACGUGAGGAAGCAGAGGAGUAUAUCAAGAUUGGUACUCUAAAUGGAUUGUUUGUAUUGGGCCGUUCCAUCGGCUUUAUUGGACACUUUUUGGAUCAGAAGAGGCUAAAACAGGGUUUGUACAGACACCCAUGGGAUGAUAUCUCGUAUCUCACACCCGGACACGAGCUAGGACGCACGGUUGCUUCUCUCGAUUCGAUUAACAAGAAGGCUGCUUAA